UUACUAACCUUUAUGGAAUUUAUGAUUUCUAUUCUACCUACUUAUAUAUAAGUAAAAAAAUCGGUCUAUGGCGCAAAACAAUUGACAGAUGUUGUCACACAUUGUUAUUCUGCCAAAACUUUGUAAGGAUGUUAACAGACGAUAAUUCGGACAAAGAGAGCGAAUAUGAAGAUAGGAGUCUUGAAGGCAGUCCGAAUAUUAUGAAGAAGUCAUUAUCUUCAGUUGGAUUUCGAAGCAGUACGGAAAAUCAAAAUGCGAGGCCAUUAGCGUUGCGAGCAACACAAUCCUUCACCGGAGCUGUGGAAGAGCUUCGACUUUGUGGUAAUUUUCAAAGAAUGAAUUUGUGUAAUAGGAUAAAUGUGAUGUCAGCACCAAAAAUAGCUACGGUUUGUCCUUGUGGGUGUCUGCUGAGACCCGCCACGGCCGUACCCUUCCGUACUCGGGAACAGGACACAUUGGCACUUCACGUCGUCUCCCCAGAGGUGCUCAACUAUCAUGGAUACUGUUUUGAGCCGAACCAAAUAGCCAUGUUUUGGAAGAAAGACUGUAGAAUGUUCUUGUGGAAAGGCCAAGCAAAAAUGAAGAACGUGAUACACGCAGAUUCUCAUAAGAAAUAAUCUACCUAACAUGUAGUAGCUACGUUUUCAUAAUGUUCACUAAUUAUAUGUUUAGCAAAACUGUAAUUUGCUUAAUUAAAAUGGUAAUCGAGUA